AUGUAAAUCGAUUAAUAAUAAUAAUCAUCAACUUUAGAAAAGGAAGCUGAAAGUCCUAAGGGAAAAGAAGAGGUGAGAUUGAUAGUUUUUCCUUAAAAAUUCCUUAAUCCUCUCAUGACGUUUAGAAUGAAUGGGGUAUCUAGAAUAACCAACUAAAUUCAAGGAUUUUCAUUUAUAUGCAGAUUCUAGAUAUAUUCAAAGUCAUCAUCCAUUGAAAAUAGGGAUCAGUUGCCAGAAUCCAUAUAAAAAAAUUACAAAUAUUGUUUUAGAUCAAAGCACUGAAACAAUCACUUUGUUUUAUACUUAAUUAGAUUUUUCAUAAACUCCAUGGGAAUAUGUUGUAAAAAGACUUGAGAGUUAUGGAGAUAUCGAAAUGACCAAAUUAAGUUUAUAUAUAAAGAAAUAUAAUGAACAGCUUAAUUCUGGUUUGAAAUAAGAAAAUAAUAAGAUGGUAAGAACUAUGAGUUAAAUUUUAUAGGUUGUGAAUACUUAAUAUAGAUCAAAGGGUUCUUAUUAAUAUAAAUAUAUCAAAGAGCUAGAUUAAUUCUUUAUUUCUUCUGUAACAUAUGAUAUAAAAUUGAUCGAAGACUUGGGAUUUGCAGUUCCAUAAUUUAUUGAAUAGUGUUUUAAGACAGGAAUUCCAGAGUUUAUUUAUUUUAAUUUAUUAUAAGAAUAUCUUUGAAGCCAGAUAGCACAAAUGGCCAGUACUAUAAAAAUGUUGUAGAAUUUGCCAAACCAUUGACAUUUCCAGAUGAAGAACAAGAUUUUUACUUAUAUUCACAUCGAUAUCCUUAUGUAUUAAUGGACAACUUAUAUAUUUUAAGGGUCUGAAAACAAAUGUAUCUUUUUCAAUAGGAAAAGUAGAAGAAGCUAUAACAACUGAUUAACUUAUCAACUUUAAUUUCUAUUUCGAUUACAAACCUACUAUUAAUACUAAAGAAUCGGUUCUCCAAAAUAAAAAAUUAAGAUCUCAGAAUAGCAUAUCAUUUUACUAUUAAAUAUAAGAAAAUUAGUAUCAAAGAUGUGGCUAUAAGAAAACCAAACUUUCUUGA